GCAUGUUUGGCUAGAACAUAGACGAGAAGUGCUGGAAUGGUACCUUCGAAUCGAGAGCUGCAGGAUCGGAUAAGGCGCAAUGGGUUCGAGCCUUUCGUCAUCCCAGAAGGGGGUUACAUUUCUCCCACCGUAUCGUAGGACCAGAUUUCUGGGUAGUAUAUAACGCACUUGAACUUCAUCGAGGACUUUCUUGAACGUUUUUGCCAGUCGUCCAUCCUCCAAACUAUCGCAAUCGUUACGAGUCCUCUUCCAUCAUGCAGCUGUCUAUCGUCACCGUCCUCGCCCUCCAGGCUAUCGGCGCCGUUGCCGCUCCUGUCGCCGCCCCGGCCGCCGACUACGCCGACCUCGCCAAGGACUCGAUCUACAUCAAGUCCGUCAACACGUACAAGCGCGGAGAGGAGGAUAAGCGCGAAGCUAGCUACGCCGACGCCGCAAAGGCCAACAUCAUUAUCAAGUCUGCCGGUACCUACAAGCGAGACGAGGAGAAGCGUGCCCCCGAGGCCGACUACGCCGAUCUUGCCAAGGACUCCAUCUACAUCAAGUCCGUCAGCACUUACAAGCGUGGCGAAGAGGAGAAGCGUGAGCCUAGCUACGCUGAUGCCGCAAAGGCCAACAUUAUCAUCAAGUCUGCUGGAACUUAUAAGAGAGAUGAGGAAAAGCGUGAGCCCAGCUACGCCGACGCGGCGAAGGCCAACAUCAUCAUUAAGUCGGCCGGAACCUACAAGAGGGACGAGGAGAAGCGUGAGGCGGGAUACGAGCAGCUUGCCAAGGACUCCAUUAAGAUCAAGGCCGUCAACACCUACUAGAGUGGCGAGGAAAUGCUUGACGAGGCCAAGCGAGGUCGGCCGGGGACACUGCGGUUUUUGGGUUCCCUGAUGUCUGCUAGUAACGCCUCGACAUGAGGGUUGCCAACUACGCUAUGCGGUAUCGCGGGGAGGAGAAAGGCAGAACUUCAAGGGAAAUGUUUCCUUCAUAGCUAGAAAGCCGGCUACGUGAGAUGGAAGACUGGACCAGGUCUAGGGCUU